AUUUAAAUUAAUUAGCUAUUUUUUAAUUUUUGGUUUUAUUGUUUUUUGUUGUGUUAAUCAUAGUAUUAUUUAUAUUAAUAACACAUUCAAUAUAUUAUACAUAUUGUACAUAUAUACAUAAACAAUAUAUCUAAAUAGUAAUAUUAAUAAUAAUAGCAAUAAUUUUAAUGUAUAAUUUAAAAUAUAUAUAACCACUAUAUAGUUUAAACAAAGAAAUAUAAUAUAAAUAUAAAAAUGAAACGUAUUCAUUUUAUUUUUGUAGUUUUGGGCUUAAUAUGGAUAUCGGGUAUUGCCAUUUAUAUGUCAAGCCACCAACAAGUCGAAAUUAAAUCACCAACCAAUGUUGAUACUUAUCCACCAAAUAAACCAACAAAAAAGGUCCUUCAAUGCGAAUAUAUUGAUAUAGUUUACACUUGGGUAAAUGGUAGUGAUCCAAAACAUAUUGAUUCAAGAACCAUGAGAUCUGGUUCUAAAAGACAUUCACAACCAGGUAACAAUAGAUACAGAGAUCUUAUGGGUUUAAAGUAUUCAUUAAGAAGUGUUAGAAAAUACGCUCCUUGGAUUAAAAACAUUUGGGUAGUAAGUGCCAGUCAAUACCCAACAUGGUUUGAUGAAACUAAUGACGAAAUUAAUUUUAUUUUCCACAAAGAUUAUUAUACCAAUCAAGAUGAUUUACCAACUUUCAAUUCAAAUUCAAUUGAAUCAAAUUUUUAUUCAUUACCAAAAGAAGUUUCAGAUUGUUUUAUUUAUUUUAAUGAUGAUAUUUUCUUUGGUUCACCAGUAGCAAUGAAAGAUUUCUACGAUCCAACAUAUGGUCAAGCUAUUUACAAAAGUGGAUGGACUGCUCCUCAAUCAAAAGAAAAACAAGCUAAUAUUUGGCAUGCAUGUAUUGCCUACACCAAUGACCUUUUAAAUAAUCUUUGGGAAGUUGAUAACAAGAAUCGUCAUUACGCAUCACAUGGCCAUCAAUUCUUUACUCGUGAAGUUUUCGAAAGAAUGUACAACGACUUGGAAGGUGAAUUUAAAAAGACUUCAGCCAAUCCAUUCCGUACUGCUCAUGACCUUCAAAUUCCUUUCCUUUAUUUAGCAUACGUCUCUCGUUUCUAUGCCACUUAUGAACCUUCACCAAUUAAUUACUACGCUCUCAUUAUGGACGACCACGAAAAAAUGAAAAAAGAAUUUGCCAAGAUCUUAGCAAAGAAACCAAAGACUGUUUGUCUCAAUGAUGGUUUAUCCCCAGAAAAUCCAAACGUUAAAGUUAUUGAAGAAUUAGAAAAGUUUUUCGAAAAAUAUUUCCCAGACAAGCCAUCUUGGGAACUUUAA